AAAUAUUCUCAAUUUCCAAAUCAAAUCAAUUGAAUUGAAAACAAGAGAAUAUUCAAAAUGGAAAUCGGAAGAACAGGCAGCGAUAUGGAAAUGGAUAGAGAAGACGACGACGAUGAAGAAACCCUACUUUUGAGGGAUCGUUUUCGCCUCUCCGCUAUCUCCAUUGUCGAAUCUGAAGCGAAGAAAAAUGGAAUGCAGGUAUCUGAGCCCAUUGUUGCUUGCCUUUCCAAUUUAGCGUUUAAUUAUGCAGAGCAUCUGGCCAAGGACCUUGAGCUUUUUGCACACCAUGCUGGUCGUAAAUUAGUGAAUACCGAGGAUGUUAUUCUUGCAGCCCAUCGAAAUGAGAACCUUUCACUGCAAUUAAGGACCUUCUGCAAUGACCUCAAAGCAAAAGAACCUCUGUCAGAGAGAAAGCGAAAGAAAGCUUCAAGGAAGGAUGACAAAGCUACUACAAGUGCCAUCGAGAAUAUCGACCCCUGAUUACAGUUCUCUCAAAAAGUGGUUAGUCUUACGUCAUAUUUCCAUUUUUCGUAAAACUGAUUUCUUCGGAAAUAUUCUCGUCGACCACUAGGAAAUAGGAAAGGUGCUCUACUAAACUAGUACCCGCAGGACCUCCCACAUUGAUGAUGGAUAAAUAAAUCUUCUCAAGUUUAGUAAGAAAAAUGCCUGUAUUUGGCAAUGUUAUUAAUAUGUGCUCUAUUUAAAGCCCGUUAUGAGCCCGAGUUCAGACUGAGAGGUAUUGUAAGCUCUGUAGACUGUAUAAAUAUUUGCCUUUAUAUUAUAGGGUAGGGGGCUGAGAAGCAUAUUUUUCAUACGAGAGUGCUACAGCCUUAAAACUGAUGCUCCUACAGCAAUUAAUAUGGGCUGAUAGAUAAUUGCUUAAAUAGGGUCUUACUCUCACAUUGAAACUAUAUAAGUUACGCACUGUUUUCAGUGA